AAUAUUUCUGUGGUUAUAGCUGCUGUUCGACAAGUAUUUUUGUGGUCUAGAAGUGUCCUAGUGAAUUCAUGACAUCUGCGCUGACCUGACGAGGUUUCACUGGUAACCUCGCUCCCUGGGCUUUUAGAAAAAGGGAAAAGCCCCGGAAGGAAGUUGCUUGUGAAGAGUUGGUUUCAUUAGGGCUAUUGCAGGCGUAGGGAUGGCGGAGCGUAUUUUGAAUUGGGCGGGGUGCGGGGCUUACAAGACCUACAUAACUUUUAGGGGGUCUGGAGAUGUUUGUAAAAUUAUUAUUUUAUGUAUUUUUUGCUUGAAAGUAGGGGGUGCGGGGGAGGGGGGGCGCGGUAAAACCCCCCAACCUCCGCCGUUUCUGAGGCGAGUUAUAAAUCGAAUUCUAAUUCUUUCUUACUUUGAUGCUAAGCUGCGUUAACUGCUGCCUUGCAUUUCCGGCUAUCAGCAGUGGCAGAAGAUAACGUGUAUCACACCGAGAGGGUCACAAGGCUCGCACAGUACCGGUGUACUGAAUUUGCGGGCUACCCGUGCUGCAUGUCAAUCGCGUAAGGAGCCUUGGAGUGGGCGAGCAGUCAAUCAUUUCAUUCUAGACACGGAGCUGUCAACAUCUCCGGGUCGCGAUACACACAAGUCUCUUAUUUCUGCUAUUACUGCGUACAGUGCUAAUAAAGACCAAUAAAGUCCGUCAUUCUGAAACUCUUUUUUUCGAAUCUGAAACAUCUGACGCGUGGAAAGAGUUUGUAAAAUGUUAGGUAGAGUUGACAUUGCCAAUGGAAAACGCGUGCUGGUUAUUCUCGAGAUUGACGAGAGCAGAAAGGAUGAGGUUAUUCGUCUUCUUCAAGAAACAGAGGUGGGCUGCGAAGUUGUUUCCGUACGCCGCAUCCAAAGUGGAAACGCGAGGAAGCGUUUUGCCGUGCCUAGCGAUGACGAACCACUACGGCCAUCACCUGUUCAUCUCUUUCCCAGUAAAAACGAAGAAGCCGUUGCUAUCUACGACAACAAUCAGUCCAGCAGAGCCGCGCCGCCGCAAGUUCAAGAGUACGUUCCCAACCUGUGACUUCUGUCUUUGUGCUCCGUGCGAGUCACAUCUUCCGAUUUCAAGCCCAACCAUAGACCCUAUUCAUAAAUGGCUGCCAGUUAAAAAUUAUUUUGUAUGUAUUAAAG